GCCCCGCCACGCCGGAAGGAGUGCGAGGUCAGGUCAGGGGUGGCUCCUGCCGGCUCGGCGACGCGCUUGAGCAUCCUGUUCACCUCCAGCAGCGGCACACCUUCGUCAAGUGGCACGGCGACCUCCGCUACGAGAUCGGGUAACUGGGACAGGAGUGCCGCGCAUGGCGCGUCCUGCGUCGCUAGCGCUAUGGCCAGAGCGUGCAAGGGACACGUCAAAAAGUCGCUCUUGUCCGGGAUCAAGGUAAGACCCUGUUCUUCUGAUGUCUUGACACGUAGCAGCCGCAGGUAG